CAAUAGCCCAAGCCAGUGACCACCAAGCAAUGAGAGGACUAAGAAAGAAAAGUAAGAAGUUUGAGAAAGAAGGCAUUUUUGUAUAUAAAGUAGCUAAGAAUAUAAAAAGAAGUGCGAAGAGGAGCACCAGAGGGGUGAUUCAGAGGAAUUUUAAUAGUGGAUUACCGGGUAAAAAUAUGUUAGAUAAACAUAACGGGUAUGUGUCUAUGUAUGGUCGUGAGCUCAAGUGAAGUGGUUUUCAAAGUCGGUCUUCACAAAGGACUGAGUAUUCAGAAACAGGAUUUCGGACAUUCAAUAAACCGAUGAUUACUUCUCACAGAAAAUAAUGUUUCGUAUACCUUUUCAAGAGUUGAAAGCGAUAAAUUCAAAUAAAGCUGCUUUGAAUCACUAUGAUGAUGGCUAUGUCAUUAAGUCAGCCAUUUGAUACAAGAAUCUCUCAAGUUCCAAGAGACCUAGAAACUAUAGGACUGAGAGAAACAAUAGCACAGAAGGUUAUAGAAACCAUUCUGUGUACCAUUUCAAAAACAACUAUUUUUCAAAUCUCUCUCAAGCUAACUCAGAAUUCAUAAAUCCAGUUUCUCAAAGAACCGAGGAUGGGAAGAUCAUCCAUGAUGUCGACAUAAUUGCUGAAAAAAUGAUAUAGUUACAUUGCACGAUACUAAGAAGCCUCAGUCAAGAAGCUUAUAUCACUCUCUAGAUUCAAAAUCUAGAAGAUCCUCAUUGACCAAGAGAGUGACGACCAAAAACGAUGCUAGGGAGAGACAUAAUACUUUCAUGAAGCACAAGUAAUCACCAAAUCCAACUAAGUAAACUCUGGAAAGACAAACUUGUUCAAGCUAAUAGAAAAUAAA